AUGGAGUUAGUGCCGAAGCGUACAAAUAGCAGCAAUAGCCAGCUGCAUCAGCAGGCAUGUGACUCGUGCAGGAUGAGAAAAUUGAAAUGUUCCAAAGACUAUCCCACAUGUGUGAAAUGCAAAGAGCACAACUGGAAAUGUAUAUACUCUCCCAAAAGUAUUCGUUCCCCGUUGACGAGAGCCUACCUUACACAAGUAGAAAGCAGAGCUACUACCCUCGAGAAAAUCCUAAGGCGAAUGCUACCAGAGGAUGUGGAGGUACAAGAUCUCUUGAGAAUAGCUGAAAAUGAGGAUGACGACAAUGAGCUUGAAAAUAUCCACAACAACUUCUUCAAACAAAUCAACCUCACCCUGAAAGAAUUGAGUAAAGCUCCCGUGACCUUGAAAUCGAUCAACGAUUUGAGUGCAAAAAUGGCCAAAGAUGAAUCUCCCAAUAUUAAACCAGGUAAGAGCCUAGAGUUCCAGCCCGAGGACUACUUAAUAAACAUUAAAAAUAGUGAUCUCAACUUAUUUGAUGAGCGAGAGGACUUCAACACCUCGGCAAACGUCUAUGACUCCAGUAUAGACGGAAUGGCUGCAUUAUCUAAUGACACUGGUUUGAGGUUUGACUUGGAUGCUUCAAAUGGAUACUUUGGGAUAAAUUCAAGUAAUGGAUUAUUGAAGUUUUUACAGUUGAAGUCGGAGAGAAACGGGAACAGCAUUAUUGAACUUAAUUUGAACGGGUUAAGUAAUACAGAAGAGUUGGAAGAGGAGACUGAAUAUGUGCUACAUGAUGAGAUCAACAUAAUAUGGAAAAGCUUAAAUUCCACUAGGCUUGAAGAUCUAUUGGAUAAUCUGGAGUUUCAAUCUCUCAUGGUGGAAAACUUCUUCGAGCAGUAUUAUCAAGUGUAUCCUAUCAUCAAUCAAAAGCGGUUCUUCAAGAAUUAUAAUCGAUUCAAAGAAACUGCCAAUGUUAAUUUUGAAGAUCACAAAAUGAUAUCUUUCAUGAUUCUUCUAAACACCAUAUUAGCCCUUGGUGUGUGGUGUAAGUUUGGAGAAUAUUCCAAGAUUCACACCUAUUAUUAUCAGAAAGUUAAAGAGUUCUCUCUGAAAAUCAAUAUGUUUGAGUACAGUGACACUCAAUUGUUGGACAGUUUUGUGUUGUUGAGCAACUACGUUCAGAAAACAAACAAACCAAACACUGGAUGGAGUUAUCUAGGCUUGGCCACCCGAGUUGCCACAAGUUUGGGUUUACACAAAGAGGUGAGAACCGAUAAACUAACAAAUAACAAUCUUCAAGUUUUUGAAGAACUUGAAAUAAGAAAAAGACAGUGGUGGGGAAUGUAUUUCUUCGAUGUGGGGACCACUCUUACUUUUGGAAGACCUUUGGCCAUACCACCGUUGAGUACCAUCGACUUAGAGCCUGUUUCUAAUAUUGAUGAUUCCUUGUUGCAACAAAAUUACUCGAUAGACCAGGUUAAGGUGUCAUAUCCCACGAUAUACACCACACUAAUUUACGAGUCUGAGUUGACAAAGAUAUCCACUAGAAUCUAUAACUACAACUGUACCGUGUUAAAGUUAAAAAACGACAAAUCAAAGAUGAUUGGACUUCUAGAUAUGAACGACAUCCUAGAAGCUUUUGUUAAAACCCUACCAGCGUUUUACGAUCCAGAUGAGUUUGUGGCUAAAAAUGCAUAUCUCACUCAACGUCGAGAAGGUGGUUAUAAUGAAACUGAAGUGCCGAAAUGGUUCUCCUUGUCUAGACUUCGAUUGAUCUCCAGGUAUAAUAAUCUUCAAAUUUUGAUUUUUAGAUACAUAUUAUGGGAGACAAGCGACUCCGCCAAGGAUGUCACCCAUAUGGGGCUUGUACGGAGGUGUAAAAGCGUAUGUUUUGAUGCCUCGAUUAAAACUGUGUUUGUUGUCCACAGCUUCAUUGAGAAUAACGAGCUAGACUAUCUUUGCUCUUGGUAUGCUACUUAUUUCCUUUUCCAAGCCAUUCUAAUCCCUAUUUUGAAGAUUGUAAUUGACCAAAAUGUCAAUUAUAAUGAAACAUCUUCGGAGGGGCAGAAUCAUAAUGAAGAACUCUUCAAGUAUGUGGAGAAGGCCAUAGAAUGCUUCAACAAACUCAAGAAAUACAAUAAAUUGGCUGGUAAAUUUAUUCGGUUGAUCAAUGUACUUCUCUACGGAAAACCAGAUCCAAACAAGACCCUAUGGAAUGAUUUGAGCAAGAACAAUUUUGAGAUGUUCAAUGACUUUGAUGAUUUCUUCGAUUCCAAUUUGUUAGAUAUCAAUAUUUAG